AUGGCACCGAUCAAGGUAGGCUUGAUUGGCCUUUCCGCUGAAGGCUCGUGGGCAUCCGGUUCUCAUCUACCCGCACUCUUAAAGUCGCCUCAUUACCAGAUCACGGCUCUCCAAAACAGGAAUGAAUCUUCAGCAAAAAAGGCUGUUGAGAAAUACGAUCUGCCAGGACAGGUUGCCUGUUAUAGCGACGUGGAUUCCCUCGUACGCGAUCCGAACGUCGACGUGGUCGUGGUUUCGGUCAAGACCCCCGAGCACUACAGGCUAACUAAGCCUGCGCUUGAAGCCAAGAAAGAUGUAUUCGUCGAGUGGCCACUGGGUGCGAAUCUGAAGCAGGCGGAGGAACUGACAGCCCUUGCGAAGGCCCAAGGAGUCAGGAACAUAAUCGGACUCCAGGGUCGUCAGAACCCCAGUGUAUUGAAGGCGAAGGAGAUGGUGGCUGCAGGAAAGUUGGGUGAUAUCUUAGGAACAACGAUGUUCGCUUAUGGAGUGAUCAUGGGGCCAGUAACUCCGGUCGCACUGGAAUAUGAGCUGACCUUCGAGAACGGCGCAACCCUGGCAACCAUACCGACGAUGCAUGGAACGGACGCUCUUUGCUUUGUGCUUGGCGAAUUCAAACAUCUCCAGGCCACGCUGGCCAACCAUCAACCGAAAGUGCCAAUCGUCGAUCCGACGUCCGGGAACGUCCUCAGGACUGUCGACAACGACACUGCCGAUCAGGUGAGUAUAACCGGGACCUUGUUGAACGGAGCUGUAGCAACCAUCGUGUAUCAGGGAGGCCAGCCUCCUACCGAGAAUGGAUUGUACUGGGAGAUCAGGGGAACCAAAGGCAGCCUGAUUAUCGAAGGACGUAAUGGCCUUCUCGAGAUGUUUCCUACCACUUUGAAGUUUGUGGAACAUGGUGGACAGGCGGAGGAGAUCGAAACUGAAGUCGCUGCAGACUGGGCGUACAACGUCGGCAAGGCCUGGGAUGCAUUUGCAAGCGGAGGGCCAGGGUCCGUGCCCACCUUUGAAGACGCUUUGAUCCGACAUAGGAUGAUUGAUGCCAUACACAGGAGCCACGAGAGAGGAACCCGGGAGGCAUAUCUCUGA